CCCGGGCCGGCAGGAUGCGGGUGGCCGUGGCCGGCUGCUGCCACGGCGAGCUAGACAAGGUGUACGAGACGCUGGCGCUGGCGGCGCAGCGCGGCCCGGGCCCGGCCGACCUGCUGCUGUGCUGCGGCGACUUCCAGGCGGUGCGCAACGAGGCCGACCUGCGCUGCAUGGCGGUGCCGCCCAAGUACCGCCGCAUGCAGGCCUUCCACCGGUAUUACUCUGGCGAGAAAAAGGCCCCGGUUCUCACCAUCUUCAUUGGGGGAAACCAUGAAGCCUCAAAUCAUUUGCAGGAGCUACCCUAUGGUGGCUGGGUGGCACCAAAUAUUUAUUAUUUAGGUUUGGCUGGUGUGGUAAAAUAUCGAGGAAUAAGGAUUGGUGGAAUUUCCGGUAUCUUUAAGUCUCAUGACUAUCGAAAAGGUCAUUUUGAGUACCCUCCUUAUAAUUCAUCUACAAUAAGGAGCAUAUAUCAUGUGAGAAAUAUUGAAGUCUAUAAGUUAAAACAGCUGAAGCAGCCAAUGGAUAUAUUCUUAUCUCAUGAUUGGCCACGAAGUAUAUAUCAUUAUGGAAAUAAGAAGCAACUUCUUAAGACUAAGUCUUUUUUCCGACAAGAAGUGGAAAAUAACACAUUAGGAAGUCCUGCUGCCUCGGAGCUAUUAGAGCACCUGAAACCCACUUACUGGUUUUCUGCACAUCUUCAUGUGAAGUUUGCAGCCUUGAUGCAGCAUCAGGCAAAAGACAAAGGAGAGAUAGCCAAAGCAACCAAAUUUUUAGCCUUGGACAAAUGCUUACCACAUAGAGACUUCCUUCAGAUACUAGAAAUAGAACAUGACCCCAGUGCUCCUGACUACUUGGAGUAUGACAUCGAGUGGCUCACUGUCCUCAAGGCCACGGAUGACCUUAUUAAUGUCACUGGACGCCUGUGGAAUAUGCCCGAGAAUAAUGGCCUGCAUGCAAGGUGGGAUUUUGGUGCCACGGAAGGAGCCAUGAAGGAAGUACUGGAAAAAUGGGAUCAUGACCUCAGGGUUCCAUGUAACUUCAGUGUAACAGCAGCUUGCUAUGACCCCAGCAAGCCACAGACACAAAUGCAGCUGAUUCAUAGCAUCAGUCCUCAGACCACUGAAUUUUGUGCCCAGCUUGGCAUCACAGACAUCAACGUCAGGCUUCAGCAGUCCAAAGAAGAAUGUCACUUAUGUGAAGAUGAAGAGCAGGAUGUUGUGGACAGUAGUGACUCUGGAGAGGACCGGAGUGCAUAUAACACAGACACAUCUGCCCUGUCCUCUUUUAAUCCAGAUGAAAUACUGUUAGAGGAAGGCGAGGAAGGCGACGAUGAGGGAAGCCUUGUAAGUGCACCUAGUGACGUGAAUACCCCUUCUGUAGAGCCUUCCUCCGAUCAAGCUUCUGACUUUUCUGCAAGUUUCUCUGAUGUCAGAAUCUUGCCAGGUUCCAUGGUUGUGUCUUCUGAAGAUACCCUGGAAUCCCCAGUCGCUAGGGAGGGGAAACCUGGGGAGACAGUGGAGUUGGGGGAUGCAGAGAACUUAACCCAGGGGCCAUCGAAGAGGCUGAGUGAUGAGCAUGAACCUGAGCAAAGAAAGAAAAUUAAGAGGAGGAAUCAAGCCAUCUAUGCCGCAGUAGAUGAUGAGGAGGGGGAGGCAGCUUAAGGCAAUUAAUCGGCUUAGUUCCCUGUGUGGAUCUGAUUUUUGAGACAAUAUUUUAGAAUGAGGUUUUUAUAGAAAGACUUAACUUUGUACUAAUGAAAUCACUUGGGAGAAUUUUAGUUAGGUAUUGACUUUACCUUUAGGUCUUUGUUUUGUUUUUUUGUUUUUGAAUUGGAGUCUCACUCUGUUGCCCAGACUGGAGUGCA